CGGAACCAGAAGAAUAAUGUCAAUCGCAUGCUAUUGGAAGUUACUUUGGCUGUCUACCUAAGCUUAUACAACCGCCCGCCUCCGCCUUAAGGUCUACCUCCCAAGCUUAAGGUUAUGAGUAUACAACAUCGCUUACUUUAGCAAGGAGGCGUAGCUAAGGGUGCACUCGAGGGCUUUCGAAAUGGACCCAUUGUUGGACGCCCUAACUCUGUCCCCAGCGGCGCAGUUGUUUGAAUUAGAACCUCCGCGCUACACGAGCUCUUAUGGGCGAAGAACUGAGGCAAUAUUCAAGACGAGUGUGCCACCUGCACCUAUGCUUAUAUCCCCGGAUAACGGACUAGUCCUGUACGAGCGCGUUAUUUCAACAAAAGCCGAACACCAGCUUUUGGACAAAUUAACCAAACCGAAGUACUACCACCCCAUUCCCAACAUCCGAAAAGGUCUCGACCGCAAACCUUCCUCCAUCCCAAAUCACAUCAGCCCAUCAGGCAGCACCCCCGCCAGCUGCUCCUCCCGACCCCACAGCCCGGGCUCCCAGCGCCCCGGCUCCGCUCACUCCCACCCCCACUCCCACACCACCUUCACCGGAAGCAGCGCACAAUCUGGCUCCAGAACCGCCUCUGCGGGCGGCUCCCUUAGCGCCAGCUCCGGGCCGCACCACGCUGCACACCGCAGCGUGUCGUCUAGCAGCGCCGGCGGGGCGGGGCCGGCCUCCUCAGGGGGUGGGGGUGCUGCUGGCGGCCGCGGGGGCCACCACCAUGCGCAGAACCCCUACCAUGUGCAGCUGAUCGUGACGCAGUCGCACCACCGGAGUCGCAGUGUGUCACCCGCGACGCAGCCAAUCCGGCGGAAGCCACUGUACCCGGAGGAGGGACCACUCAAGGACUACUUUAGCAAGGAGCGAGCCUCGGUAACCGCCACAACGGUUUUCACGUGGGGUAACCGCUAUAAGAUCGGAGAGAGCAGCAUCGGGCGGGUCAUGAAGGGGUCGGGAGGAGGAGCUGCGGCGUCCCGGAGCAGCGGCGGCACCACCGAGCCCCUGGUGUUCACAUCACACACACCGCUGCAACACAAACCGCCGCUACGGUUAUAGCACGCGUUUCUUUGUGUGCCGGGUUGGUGUGCUGUGUGCUGGUCUUGUUGUGCUGUUGUGUCGUGUAAGGUUGUAGUAGUUGGUAAUAGAUACCGGUAAGUAUAGUGGCGUUGCAACGUGUGGCGGCACGUGGCAUAUGGCUCGCGAAUUGGAUUGGAUUGGUGGGUGACGAGUUCUCAAUUCAGAUUGGGGGGAGGGGUAAAGAGGAAACAUCUAACUGACCGUGUGACCGGGGGAGGGGUGGUGGCUGGCGAGUUGUGCAUGCUUUGCAUUGGUAGGAUGAGUUGUAGGAUGGGGGCUUGUACGAUGCAUGUGUUUGGGAUGUAGCAUCGAAUUGUGACUCGGACCAGACGGUUCCUUCCGCAUGUAUAUCGGUAUGGGAUGCAGGACACUGACAGGAGGGCUGACGUUGCAUUUGUCAUGGGUGUUUCAUGCUGCGGCAGGCCUGUGCGCAUGUGCGCGCAUCGAGGCACGGAGCCUACCGCCCUGGCUUGAUGCCAUAGGAAUCCAUGCGACGGCUUCCUUACCUGUUUACCUUCAUGUUGCGAGGCAGUUGACAUUCAUGAUGACGUUUUCCAUGACGCACAAUGCAUACGCUGACCGGUUGUUUGGUCCCAAUCCAACAAUUCCGCAUCGACUGCCCAGCAGAUGGUGACCCUUCCAACACGGAUUUAUUCCUUGCGGCUGUUGUAGGUGAUGUCGGCGAAGAUUGGGAGGGUGUAGCGACGUAGACUGAUGCCGGGGUGCAGUGAUGGAUGGUAGGGCGCGGACGCUAGUGGGUAGGUAGGUUUCGUUACGGACGGUUGGCGGUUUGCGGAAAAGGGACAUGAAGGAUGCUGAAUGUGCAUGUCAGGUUCUUUGCUGUCGCUGCUUCUGCUGCUGCUAUUGUUUGCUAGCUCAAGGUGUAUACUGCAGGGAGGCUGUAUGUGCAGGAGCCUCCACCCAGGUAACGUCGGAGUGCAUGACAUAGGGCUGUGGGCCGGUCGUGUCCUCUUAUUUCUUUUCUGUUUCUACUGCUGCUACUUCUUUAACACGGACAAGGUUAAGGAGGGGUCCUCCACUUUGCACACUAACAGCGC